CAAACUGGGGAGGGACAUUUCUGCACACCUCUUGAGUUUCUUCAAAGAGCUGCAGAGAGGCAUAGGGGAGGAGGGAGAUCACACAGAAGGGGGGUAAGAGAGAGGCGAAAUCAUCCCAUCUUUCGCUUGUGAGCAAGGCACUGCUGCUUGAAUCCAUUUUCCUCUGCGCUCAGAUGUAACAGGAUAAAAUGCUGAAGUUCUUCACAGCGCGGGACGAUGAGAAUGAAAGCCUUUUGGGAGCAAUAACUGAGGAUGAAGGGGACAGUGCGUCUCUUCAGGACACCAAGCACCACUGGCUGAACAGACCCUGUCUGCUGGUGCUCAAAGAUGGAGAUGUGUCAAAACCUGCACUGGACUGUAGAGAAAUCAGACAGCAAUCUCCAUCUAAAGCCACGUCGGAUGCAACGCUCAGAAGCAAAUCUGGACCAUGUGAGCAGAAACCUAUUGAACAUCCCACUGAAUCUGCUUCCCAAGUGGAGAAUGGCAGCUGCACUGUGACUUCCAUCUCCACAUGGGGUGAAAAGGAGUCCCCCGGCCCUCUAGUGUUGAGCCCAGCAGAGGCUGCGUGGGCAGAGGAGGAGGAAGAGAAGAACCAGAAGUCCCCGGUUCUCCCAUCAAAGGAAGACUCGGUGAUUGAGGAGAAGGAGCGGGAGGAAAGUGGGCUGGAGCAGCAGGAUGAUUCUUGCAGCUUGGAGGGACCAUCUCGAGGAGAUCAGACAAACACCAAUAAGGCUGGUGCAGGCUGCGGGGAGGAAGCGAUGGGUGAGUGCGCUGCUUCUCCUGUGGAUAUCGAUAACAUGUCUGAGACAAGUCCUGUUGGCAUUCUGUCCAAGGAUCGAGUCACUGUCCUUGGUGAGGUGGCCCCUGUGUGGGUCCCCGAUGCCGAAGCGCAGGUCUGCAUGAAGUGUGGUAUCAAGUUUACAUUCACCAAGAGGAGGCACCACUGCCGUGCCUGUGGGAAGGUUUUUUGUGCACUUUGCUCCAGUUUGAAGUUCAAACUUACACACCUGGAUGGGAAGGAGGGACGAGUAUGCAUCUCCUGUCAUUCAGCACUCAUUAAAAGGAUGUCUCCAAAAGGAAAAAGAAAGGUGUGGUUUGCAGACGAAAUCCUCAUCAAUAAGCAUUCAGAGUCUGCCCCGACCACACCCAUCAGGGGGCCCGCGUUCUCACCGCUGAUGAGUCGAGUGCUGGGCGGGCCUGUUAAAAGUCCUGUGGGUUCACCCCAGAUCAGGAGAACUUUGAGGCCACAUGGAACAAUGAUUGGUGAGGCCUGUGGUCCCUACGGCUGGGGAACCACAGCUUUAGUGAGCAGCUCUGCUAACCUCAUUCCCUUGGAUGGCUUGCCACCCAUACUCACCUCCACAGGAGUCAAAGGAGACUACACUGUGGAGGAGCAGCCCUCCGAGAUGCUCCUUAUUCAGGAGUUGGAGAGCGGCAGACCCAGGCCUCUGGUGUUUGUUCUCAAUGCUAACCUGCUCGCUAUGGUGAAGUUGGUCAACUACGUUAACAGGAAGUGCUGGUGUGUGACAACAAAGGGAAUGCAUGCUGUAGGGCAGGUGGAGCUGGUGGUGCUGCUGCAGUGCCUACCUGAAGAAAAAAGCUUCCCCAAAGACAUUUUUAGGCACUUCAUUCAGCUGUACCGAGACACCUUCACAGGGAAGGUUGUGAAACACCUGUCACUCUCCCUGUUUGGCAGCAGCUUCUUUGGCAGUCAGGAUCACGCAGGCUUCCUGUACGUUCGCUCCACUCUCCAGUCCCUUCAAGGUCUACCUCUGCCAAACCAGCCCUACCUCUUUGGCCUGCUGGUCCACAGAGCAGAGGUGGCCUGGGCCAAAGCCUUUCCCUUACGCCUCAUGCUGCGACUGGGGGCUGAGUACAGAUGUAAGCCAGGCAACUAUGUAAGCUCUCUGAGUUACAGUGUUUCUUCCCCAGUUACCCACUUUCUGUCUCUUGUUCCAGUUUACCCAUGCCCUCUGUACAGUGUACGCUUUAGGAAGCCCUUGUUUGGUGAUAUAGGUCACACAAUAAUGCGACUGUUAGUGGUGAGUAUGGCAUUUUGUAACAUUUUUUUUGUGUCGUUGCAAAACCACCCUUCCUGUCAGCAGUGGAAGUUUGGUGUCACAACUUUUAUUAAACAUGGUGUAACAGGCACUGGGUCUUUUUACCAUUCUGCUGUGUUUCAGGACUUUAGGAAUUACCGUUACAGCCUACCAAUGGUAUCGGGGCUCACUGUGGACUUAGAAGCUCAUAGGACUUGCAUAAAAAUACCGACCACUGGGUAUAAUGAGCUAAUGAAGGCUGUGAAUAAGUCCAAUGAGCAUGUGCUGGCAAUAGGGGCAUGCUUCAAUGAGACUGCAGACUCCCACCUCAUCUGUGUCCAAGCAGAUGAUGGCCAGUAUCAGACCCAAGCCAUCAGCAUCCACAAUCAACCACGUAAAGUUACUGGAUCAUGCUUUAUUAUAUUCAGUAGUGCACUGAAAGCAUCAGCAGGAUACCUGGCCAAAUCCAGCAUUGUAGAAGAUGGGCUAAUGGUGCAGAUCACCGUGGAAACCAUGGCGGAGCUCCGUCGAUCACUACGGGAGAUGAAAGACCACACCGUCACCUGUGGACGGCUGGACCAAUCAGAGAGCCAGGAGCUUGUUUGUGUACAGUGGGUGGAGGAGAAAUGCACUGUGAAUAAGGGCAUCAUCAGCCCCAUCGAUGGGAAAUCAAUGGAGUCUAUCAGCAGUACCAAGAUGUUCCAGAAGUCAGAAUACAAAGAAAAUGGAAAGAUCAUCCGCUGGACAGAAGUGUUUUUCCUGCAGACAGGUGAUAAUCCCAAAGGAGCAGUGACUGACUCUGCUGAACACAACCGGCUAACGGAGAGAAUCGCCCGGGCAUUUUGCUUGGCACUGUGUCCACACCUUAAACUGCUGAAAGAGGACGGCAUGGCCAAACUGGGACUGCGUGUCACUUUUGACUCCCAAGAGGCUGGAUUUGUGGCAGGGAGCAAUGGGCAGCCUCUCCCAGCUCAGUACCUCAAUGCGCUGAAUAGCGUGCUGAUUCCCGUCAUCCACAGCAGGGGGCGCAAGAGGGACGGCGAGCCCAUAGUGAUGGAGCUCAUUUUUUACAUCCUUGAGAACAUCACUUAGAGAACUCAGACUUUCCACUAAUUCAUCUUCUUAACCCUGACCACUGCUUCAUCUCCAGCACUUCUCACCAGUUUCAGGGCAAUAAAAGCAUUCCAAAGGCAAAGCGGAUCAUAUCCAAGGUCUGCAUCCAUCUCAUCCAAGAGAUCUGACUCUUUGUGGUUUUCUGAUCUCACUCGGCCCAGCCACAAUCAAUCAGGCUACGCAUGAAACCUACGAUGGACCAUUAGAUAAGGGUGCAGCUCUCGCACUGUAGUAGCAAUUUCAUGGCUUGAAAUCAUUAAUGUCACAAUGUUUAAUACAUAUUUUACAGUCAAGAAUACCUUUAAAGUGAUAGCUCACAACCUUAAAGCUAAGAGAAUGACUUGAAGUUAUGCAUCAAAUCCAAAUAGCAGCUUCAUGCACACUGAAUGAAUGCCUGGAGAAUGUUUUAAUAUUGGAUGAAUUUUAACUGACUGCUCAUGAAAUGUAAUGUUAGCUUGGAAUUAAACUUGCAACAGUGACCGAGUUCUUGCCUAUUGCCCAAGCA